AUGGACGACUAUCAUAUCACGAAGGAAUUGGGGGAUGGCUCAUUUGGCACUGUCAUACAAGCGCAGCACAAGCAAACGGGACAAGUGGUUGCCAUUAAAAAAAUGAAGAAAGAAUUUUCUUCUUGGGAAAAAGUAUGCGAACUGCGUGAAUUCAAGGCACUCAGAUCUUUACCAUCACAUCCAAACGUUAUAUCACUUUCAGAAGCAUUUUUUAUACAGCAGACAAGAGAAUUAUAUUUCGUCUUCGAGCAUAUGGAAUUAAAUCUUUAUCAAUUUAUUAAAGAUAGAAAAGGGAAAUUAUUGAAAGAACGUACUGUACAAUCAAUCAUAUUUCAAAUACUUAAGGGUCUUCAUCAUAUUCAUUCACAUGGAAUAUUUCAUCGUGAUAUGAAACCUGAGAAUAUUUUGAUUUCGACUAAAAAGAAGAUAACUUGUAAUUGUACAAAUAAAUCAGAUUCAACCUGUAAUUCUAAGCAUUGUCGAAAUUCACCUUGGAUAGAGCAUAUUAAGGCCAUUCAAGAUAUACAUAAAAGUGAUAAUUCCGAUAAUUAUAUAGUAAAAGUAGGUGAUUUUGGGUUGGCGAGAGAUAUAAAGUCUAAGCCACCUUACACUGAAUAUGUAAGCACGAGAUGGUAUCGAGCUCCAGAAGUCCUUCUCCGCUCCAGUUCAUAUUCUUCUCCAAUAGACUUAUGGGCAGUGGGCACUAUCAUGGCAGAACUUUAUUCUUUAAAACCAUUAUUUCCUGGACAAAGCGAAAUUGACCAAUUAUUCAAGAUUUCUGAAGUAUUGGGCAGUCCAUGCGUUCGGCCAGAAUUCUCUAUACGGGCGGAUGGUGUUGGAGGAGAAUGGAAAGAUGGCGUAAAGUUGGCAAAAUCUUUGGGAUUUACUUUUUCACAGACCACACCGCAACCAUUGUCUAAAUUAUUUCCUUCGUCAGCUUCGUCACAUUUUCUUGAAUUUAUCUCUCAUCUUUUACGAUAUGAUCCAAGACAACGCCUCACAGCAUUGGAGGCCCUUAAACAUCCUUAUUUUGUUGAGAAUAAUUUUAUCUUUGUACCACAACAUGAACCUGAGGAUAUUAAAACUAUUGGUAUGGAGAAAAAACGCAAGAAUAGCAAUUUCUUACUAUUUAAAAGAAAUAGUGGAAAUUUGAUUUCAGGAGAUAGCAAGACUACCAAUAUAUAUACUUGGAGCAAGGCAAAAGAUACAUCAAACUAUGAUGCUAAUGAGCCAUGUGCAAAUUUGUCUACUUUGCCACUUUCGAACACUGAAGUAACCAAUAUUGCACCGCAAAAAGAUUUUUUUCUUUCAACCAUUAAGGCUGUUGACCAACUUGGGAGUGAUCAGUCGAACGCCGGAAAUGAAAUUGAUCGAAUGGUGAAAGAUAUUGAAGAGAUUAAUCGGGGCAUCAACCCUGCAACUGUCAACUGUGGAUCACCUAUGACUAUUGAUUUGCGAAGAGUACCAAGUAAUCCCAUUCCAUCAUCCUUAGUAUAUUCAAAAG